AUGAGCCUCCUCAACAAGCCCAAGAGUGAGAUGACCCCAGAGGAGCUGCAGAAGCGAGAGGAGGAGGAAUUUAACAUGGGGCCACUCUCUGUGCUCACUCAGUCCAUCAAGAGCAACAUCCAAGUGCUCAUCAACUGCUGCAACAAUAAGAAACUCCUGGGCCGUGUGAAGGCCUUUGAAAGGCACUGCAACAUGGUGCUGAAGAACGUGAAGGAGAUGUGGAAGGAGGUACCCAAGAGCGGCAAGGGCAAGAAGAAGUCCAAGCCAGUCAACAAAGACCACUACAUCUCCAAGACAUUCCUGCACGGGGACUCAGUCAUCGUGGUCCUGCAGAACCCGCUCAUCACCGGCAAGCAGGAGCCACCGAUCCCUAUAGAAUAG